AUGUUGGGAAGCUGGAAUAGUGUCAUGGCCGUUGGCCUGCUCGUCCUGAGCACCAACGCGUCACCUCUCACGCCGCACAAGCGAGCCCCGAUGUUCAACUACGGCGGCGAAAAGGUUCGCGGUGUGAACACCGGUGGAUGGUUUGUGCUCGAGCCCUGGAUAACACCAAGCUUGUUCGAAGGCAAUGGUGCGGUCGAUGAAUAUACCCUGACCCAGGAGCUGGGGAAGGAUGCGGCACAAAGCACGCUGUCAAAUCACUGGAACAGCUGGAUCACGCAAGACGACUUCAACCAGAUGGCGGCAGCUGGGUUGAACCACGUGAGGAUUCCGCUCGGAUACUGGAGCGUGAUUCCCGUUGACGGCGAACCCUUCGUGCAAGGCGCGUACGAGGUGCUGGGCAAGGCACUGGAUUGGGCCCAAGGUGCGGGCCUGAAGGUGAUGAUCGACCUGCACGGUGCACCUGGCUCCCAGAACGGCUUCGACAAUUCUGGACGCUAUGGGUCAAUUGCGUGGACCCAGGGCGACACUGUGGACCAUACUAUCAAGGUUCUGAACAAGAUUCGCGACGACUAUGCUUCGCACCCAGCCGUUUCUGCCAUCGAACUGCUCAACGAGCCCAUGGGCCCAAGUCUGAACAUGGACACUGUUCGUCAGUUCUACAUGGACGGCUGGGGCAACCUCAAGGACUCGGACGUCGCGGUUACCUUCCAUGAUGCCUUCGAGGGCGUUACAGCAUGGGGCUCGUGGGGCUCCGGCAUGUGGAAUCUUCUGCUCGACACCCACCACUAUGAAAUAUUCGACAACAGCCAGGUCUCACAGGACAUCGGCGCACACAUCGGCAUGGCAUGCGAUUUCGGCAACCAAAUGGCCAGCACCGGGAAGAACACCAUCGCAGGAGAGUGGACGGGCGGCAUCACCGACUGCGCCAAGUGGCUGAAUGGUAAGAACAAAGGUGCGCGAUACGACGGGACCUAUAACGGCGCGAGUGCGACCGGUAGCUGUGCCGGCAAGUCAAGCGGCUCAGUUGCGGCCCUGUCGAGCGCUGACAAGAGCAAUAUUGGCAAGUUUAUCGAGGCACAGCUCGACGCUUAUGAGAAGGCGAGCGGUUGGAUCUUUUGGACGUGGAAGACGGAGGGUGCGCCCGAAUGGGAUAUGCAGGAUCUGCUCGCCAACGGUUUGUUCCCGCAGCCGUUGACAUCGCGAAAGUAUCCCGGCCAGUGCGGCUAAGCAUCCGCCUGGGCUCCAAGCUCAUCGCAUGUUGGCCGAUGAGCUUGGCGUUGCUUCGCAGCUUUAUCAUCACACUUUGCGCUCGUCUCCUUUUACACUCGCUCUCCUCAUGUGGCCUCCUCUUCUCUUCUUCCCUUCCCACUCGGUCCCCUUCACGCCAAGUAACGAUUCGACGAAUCUCCUUCGAGGAUACCCCGUUGCGCUCGCUUCUGGUGCGCCCUCAUACUCCGGGCCCGGCGACUACCCAGAUCCACUUAGCUCAGCUCUUCUCUUUGCGCCGCAUUGUCGCAUGCUGGAACCACAAUUUAUCUGUACCAAAAUCUUUCAGGCAGUCAAAAGGAGGAGCGAGCACAGUCCUUUUCUACUGUAACAUAACAGGAAUUGACUAUAACGUUGCUUGUUGGAAAUGAGCUCUCGUACGAUGGGCUGG